AUGACCGUCAUCUCCCGCGAGAAGAAAUGGUGGAAAGAGGCCGUCAUCUACCAAAUCUACCCAGCCUCCUUCUGCGACUCUAACGGCGAUGGCAUCGGCGACUUGCCCGGCAUCACCUCCAAGCUGGACUACAUAGCCAGUCUGGGCGUCAACGUGAUUUGGAUCUGUCCCAUGUAUGACAGUCCGCAGGUCGACAUGGGCUACGACAUUUCCAACUACGAAGAUGUCUACAGGCCCUAUGGCACUGUUCAAGACAUGGAAGUCCUCAUCCGCGAGACCCAUGCCCGUGGCAUGCGAAUCAUGCUCGACCUCGUCAUCAACCACACCUCGGACCAACAUGCCUGGUUCAGGGAGUCUCGCGCAGGCAGGGACAGCCCCAAGAGAGAUUGGUACAUCUGGAGACCCGCCAAAUAUUCACCCACUGGGGAGAGACUCCCUCCAAACAACUGGCGAUGCAACUUUGGCGGCGGUAGUGCCUGGCAGUGGGAUGAGCAGACGGGCGAGUAUUAUCUGCACCUGUUUGCCACGGAGCAGCCCGACUUGAACUGGGAGAACCCCGUCGCCCGAGAGGCCAUUUACAAAUCGGCCAUGGAGUUCUGGCUAGACCGCGGCGUCGACGGCUUCCGCGUCGACACCGUCAACAUGUACAGCAAGCCGGACGGCCUGCAAGACGCACCCGUCGUGGAUCCCAAGGCCCCCUUCCAGCCCGCCGGGCUCUUGUACUGCAACGGGCCCCGGAUGCACGAGUUCCUCUCAGAGAUGAAUGUCAUUCUCGCCCGGUACGGCGCCAUCACCGUCGGCGAGCUCCCCAACACGCCCGACAUGGCAAAGGUGCUCAAGUACGUCAGCGCCAAGGAGAAGCAGCUCGACAUGGUGUUCCAGUUCGACGUGGUCGACACCGGCUUCGGAAAGACGCACAAGUACGAAACCACGCCCAAGAACUACACCCUGCCCGACUUCAAGGCCGCAGUGUCGCGGACCCAAGGCCUCAUCCACGGCUCCGACGGCUGGACGACCGUCUUCCUCGAGAACCACGACCAAGCGCGGUCCGUGUCCCGCUUCGCCGACGACAGGCCCGAGUACCGCGUGCAAGGGGCCAAGAUGCUCGCCCUCAUGGAGUCGUGCCUAAGCGGCACGCAAUACGUCUACCAGGGCCAAGAAAUCGGCUGCGUCAACGUCCCCAGGGACACGUACCCGCUGGAGAACUAUCUCGACAUUGACAGCCGCCUCUUUGUCAAGAUGACCGAGGAGCUCCACGGCGCCGACAACGAGGCGCAACUGGACAGGGCGUUUUCCGCCCUGCAGCACCUGGCGCGCGACCACGCGCGCGUCCCCAUGGCGUGGGACGGCAGAGCCAAGUUCGGGGGCUUCUCGGAAGCCGCCGAGAAAGCAGGGCUGCCCGUCGAGGAGCCGUGGAUGAAGCCGCACCCGCUGGCUGGCGAGAUCAACGUCGCGUCGCAGCUGGAUGACCCGGAGAGCGUGCUUGGGUUCUGGCGCAAGGUGCUGCGUUUCAGAAGGGAGCACGCUGACUUGCUUGUUUACGGCGACUUUAGGGAUUUGCGACCCCAGGACAAGGACUUGUUUCUGUUUGUGAAGGAGCAUUCGCGGGGGGGUGGCAAGGCCGUUGUCGUCUUGAACUUUACUGCCGACGAGAAGAGGGUGGAGAUGCCGAGCGCGGAGGAGCUCGGUGUGCGGGAUGUGAAUUUUGUGCUGGUCAUGUCGACGCAUGGCGGAAAGAGCAGGGGGGGGAUUUUGUCACCUUUUGAGGGACAAGUAUUUCUCGUGGGGAUCUGA